ACUUUCCUGCCAGCUGAGCGCAUUCGGGACAUUGCCUGCGUCGAGAUCACGCAACCCGACGUUUUCGACGACCUCGGUGAAGUCCUAAGAAAUGGUCUCCACGACCCAAGAAUGGGUUGUUUUAAGGACAAGAGGGACGAACCUUGUGGAACGUGUAAAUUGACGCUGGAUCAAGGAUGUGUAGGACAUUUCGGGCGUGUGAGACUCGUGGAACCGGUAUUUAUUAAUACAUCUGUCCACUUCUAAAAUAAGUUUGUUGUAAAUUUUAAUAUACUUGAUGUUGAUAGUAGCCUAUUGUGACCAGUACCAAAAAUCUUCAGGUGUUCAACCCUUUUAUGUUUGGCCCAUUAGUCAAAUUGCUGAAGGAGAGUUGUCGAUACUGCAACAAACUGCGCAUGCAUGAGUCGGAAAAGCAGAACAUCCUCCAGAAGUUCAAACUUCUCGCUUACGGCCUCCUUCCGCCAGAUCGAGUCUAUGACAAAAAAGAUGGUUCAGCCUUAGACCGAGAAGUCGAUGCUGGCAACGGCCUCGACGACGAUGUCACCGCAGCAUGGAAUUUGAGGGUACAGGAUCACAGUCAAUUAGCUCGUGCUAUUCUUGGGGAGGAAGUGGUGUGCGAAGAAGUUAGUGCAAGCCUAGCUGCUGGAAGUAGUAGCAGUAGCAGCAGUUCGAAGAAGAAGGACGCAAAAAAGUCUAGUAGUUCCACUUCUAUGGAGCUUUUCACGCACUCUUCGCGCCAAGAGGUCUGGGAGGCUAAGAGCAGUGAAGAACACCGCGAUGCUGCGCGAAGACUGAAAGAGGAAAUUGCCGUGACGGACAAGAAGGAGCACAAGCAGGCAGAAAAACUGGUAGAAACCUUGACAAGGGAGAUCGGCCGCGUCCAAGGCACUGUCGAAUUCAACCAGACCUUGCUGGAAGAGUACCGAAAGCUCUUCAAGUAUUUCGAGCAGAACCAGCCUAUGAAGAAGUGCGCCAACUGCGGACACCCAAGUGAUAUUUGGCGCAAAGACGGAGCUUCUCGGUUGUUCGUGAAAGCUAGAGGAGGUGGACACCACAAUGCUUCUGCUGUCGCUAUGGACGAAGAAGGCGGUGCUCAAGCAGCUGCUGGAGGCGCGAAUGACAUGAUUGUUUUUCCACGAAAAUGCCAACAGAUCUUGCGUCAGCUGUGGGAAGGCGAAGAUCACGAAUUACUGAAGUUUUUGUACCCCGGCUCUAGGGAAAGAAGAUUUGCAAGACCACACGACAACGACAAGGAGAACCGCGAGCUCGAUGACGGACCUGGUUCUAGCGAAAUGUUCUUCCUCCAAGAGCUUUUGGUAACGCCAAAUCAGUUCCGAGCACCGCGAAAGAGCGAAACUAGCGCAGACAGCUUCCAGCUCGACCACGAGACUAAAUGUCUUAAAGAAAUUCUUGUUGCCUGUGAGGAUUUGCGGAAGAUUGGUCGCGAUCUUAGCGGAAACAAACUUGAAGAUGCUAAGAAAGAUGAAAAACAGCAGCUUGCUCUAGAAAACGACCAAGACGCAGCAGCAGAUAAACUUGCAAAAGCAGUAGACGUCCAAGUGAUCGCUGGAUCCGAGCUUAUGCAAAAGAAGGAAGACUCCGUCAUUGCGAAAGCGUUUAUCAGCUUGCAAGAGAAAGUAAACGUGUACAUGGACUCUUCGAAGGGAGCAACGAAGGCUGAGCAGGAUACCAAAGGCAUCAGGCAGAAAAUCGAAAGGAAACAGGGUACAGGACGACUACAAGGAUAUCCUUAUUUUUCACAGAUUGAAAAGGAUAUAAACAGGACGACUACAAGGAUAUAAAUACUAAUAUUUUAUUUCACACCAGAUUAGGAUUAUUAUAUCAAACUACAUUUGUCUGAAUCAGAUGUGUAGAGAAGCUUACGUUCUUUUGCUUUUCGCUUUAUGCUGGCUUUCAAUUUCUCUAGAAGACUACUAGUUAAAGGACGAUCAAAAGCAAGCUUUUUGACUUUUAUCAAACAAACAACGGAACCAGGCCUCUUCCGUAUGAAGAUGAUGGGAAAACGUGUGAACUUCGCUGGGCGAUCCGUCAUUUCUCCCGAGCCCAAUGUCGAAACCAACGAAAUCGGAGUCCCGCUCUUCAUGUGCAAGGUUCUAGGUGUCCCAGAGCGUGUCUGGGAAGGCAACGUGGCCCAUAUGGAACAGCUCGUGAUGAACGGAAACGACGUUUAUCCCGGUGCAAGUCAAUUGUUCGUGCCAGCAAGUGGAUCUGGUACUACCUCUGGGUCGUCCACAGCGCCAGGUGCCCCUCGCUACGACGUGAUCGACCUGAAAUCCUGCAACGAGGAGAUGCGAAUCAACUAUGCUUCGCAAUUGAAACAACAAUCGCAUUCCGAACGGCCUUACAUAGUGUAUCGAAACCUAGUAGACGGCGAUCCAGUGUUGAUGAAUCGGCAGCCGACCUUGCACAAGCCAGGCAUCAUGUGUCAAGUCGUGAAAGUAUUGAAAAAGGAGAACACAUUGCGGUUCCAUUACGCGAAUUGUAACACGUACAACGCUGAUUUCGAUGGUGACGAGAUGAAUAUGCAUGCGCCGCAGGUACUGCUUUUUCUUUUUGUGCACCAUGACCAUUUUUACUGUAGUCUUGAUGAUCGCUUGAUAACCUUUUUGAGACGAUGAGAAUGAUUUCAUUUACGUUUAUGUGUUAUUCUUCGCAAUUGAAAUUUUAUCAUCUGUCAACAUCCUUCUACAAUCUCCUAUCCUAUCCCAUCCUAUCCUAUCUACAGGUGAGCCAACUCCUAUCCUAUCCUAUCUACAAUCUCCAAUACCAAAAUCAUACCGACCUCUCGAUCUCAGGACGUCCAAGGCCGUCUAGAAGCCCUGAAGAUCGCCGAAGCUGAUCGGCAAUACGUUGUUCCGACGUCUGGUAAGCCUUUACGUGGCAUCAUUCAGGAUCACAUCGCUGGCGCCGUCCUCAUGAUGGCUCGUGAUACCUUUUUCGACAAACACGAGGUCGCCCAACUUCUCUACCGCGGUUUGCGUUCCCAGAUGGAGCAACGCAAGAGCUCCCACUGGGUCAAGAUGCCGGAUUUGAACCUACUGGUCAAAGGCAUGACCCAGGCUUACGAGAACCAAGCGUGCGAAGUUUUGGGAACGAAAAGCAAAGCCAGGGUAAAAUGGCCGGUGGCGAAGAACGUGUAUAAGAAAUUGGUGUUUGAUCCGCCGGCGAUUAUGCGGCCAGUGCCGAAGUGGACCGGAAAGCAAGUCUUCUCGAUUUUAUUGAAAAACCUGAUCAUCAUCCACAACGGCAAGCAAAACGUCUUUCACACGAACAAACCGAAAACGCCGGGAGAUAUGUGGAAUGGAGUUUUUGAUGGUACGUGUGUUGAGGAUUUUCUUGGAACCAGAUAAGAUAUGAUAAUGAAUCUUCUUUCGCCACAACGACGUAGUAUGCAAAUUAUACGUUCUUUCUUCAUUGCAAAUUAUACGUUCUUUCUUCAUUCCUUUUUCUUAGUUAUGUGCAGGAUUCACAACCUAACCUAACCUUUCUUUUGAACAUAGGCCAAUGAUAAUGAACUCUCCCAUUCCCAAACAACCAGGUAACAAAGAAGAAGGGCAGAUCAUCAUCCGCAAUUCCGAACUCCUUACUGGUGUUCUGGAUAAGUCUGAGUUUGGUGCUUCAGCUGGCGGUCUCACCCACUUGUGCUACGAAAUCUUCGGUCCCAAGAUGGCGGGCGCUGUAUUGUCCACCUAUGCACGCGUCUUCACCGCUUACCUGCAGAUGCGGGGAUUCACCUGUGCCAUGAUCGACACGCUUGUGGAGAAACCAGCUGAAAGAAAGCGUCGUUCUAUGAUUGAUGACACGAUGGACAAGGGAUUCGGCGUCAUUGACCGCUUCAUCGAGGACCACGAAGGCGUAGUGCCAGAAGAGAAAGUAUUGCAUGUGGAGUCGUUGGAGAAUACUCUGGGUAGAAGCUUGUGGAAAGCUUUCAGCAAGUCGUUGGAUGAUGCAGAAGCACAAGCAAACGUCAAUGGCAAUGGAGGAGGAGACAACGAUAUGGAUGUAGAUGACGAAGCAUCACCGGAGGAGGAAAACGAUUCAUCUGACGACGAGGACGAGGAAGAAGAAGACAGUGAUGAAGACGAGGGAAGCCGAUCGCGGAAAAAGAGAAAAGUUGGUAGUCCAACUAAGGCCUCUGCCAGCAAGCCUGCUUCGGAGACAACUGCCAGAAGAAAAAGUAUUGCAUGUGGAGUCGUUGGAGAAUACACACCCAAACGCCGGGACAGUUCCGCUACUUCUAGUGCCGCAUCAUCUUCAAAGACCUCCGCUAAAAAGUCCAAGGAGGAGGAGCCAAGAUCUUUUGCCUCGUAUUUGGCCAAGGACGACUUCGUCUACGCAACCUUGCGUCACUUCGACAGCGUGCCUACGACAAGACAGCUACGCUUGAAGCAGAUCCUGUCAGAGGAUCCGGUUCUGGUAGACAAAAUUGAGGGGCAGGUGAUGGCGCUGACGAACCAAGACUGGGGUAAGACGAUCGACACAGUUCUGCCAGCUGGUCAGCGUUUAAAGUUCCCGCACAACUGUUUCGCAACCAUGGUCUACACUGGUGCCAAAGGUAGUAAGAUCAACCACUCGCAGAUCGGUUGCUUACUCGGACAGCAGUGUCUGGAGGGAAGACGAGUGCCAUUAUUGCCGACGAUGCGAACACUACCGUCGUUUGCACCCUAUGAUUUGGCAGUGCGAGCAGGAGGCUAUGUCAGCGACCGGUUUUUGACGGGACUGAGACCUCAAGAAUUCUACUUCCAUUGCAUGGCGGGACGAGAGGGUUUGGUCGAUACGACGGUUAAAACGGCGCGAUCCGGGUAAUUAUAUUUUCCCAUAAAGUGUCACUGUUGUUGUUGUAAUCUCUUUCAGAAUUGAAGAUUGAUGUUCAGAGUACUAGUUCGUGUUGACCUUAUCUCAAUCUUAGUAUCAUGCAUCUUAUUCUGUUCGUCUCUCACAUUCAUUAACUUCUUUCAACUACCCACUCAUUCCCCCAGGUAUCUCCAGCGCUGUCUGGUGAAGCAUCUUGAAACUUGCGUCGUCGCUUACGAUGGCACCGUUCGUGACGUGUCCGAUGGGUCUAUUGUGCAAUUUCUCUAUGGUGAAGAUGGCGUCGACGUUACCAAGAGCGCCUUCCUCGAGAAAUUCAAGCAGCUGCGUGAAAACUUGUGCAGCGACUUGGGCCGUGAGCGCACCCAGAGGCGUAUGGCUCGCUUACGUCGCGGUGGCGUAGUCGAUACUACUCUGGCGAGAGAGCACAUGGAUAUUCGAGACAUGGUCAAGGACAUGAAACCAAAAACUUAUCGCGACGUAUCCGAUCCGAACGUGAAAAACCGAUGUGUAGUAGGCUAUGACGUCAAGGAGGCUGUUGGAAGGUUAGAAACACUUCGUACUACCCACGAAAAACCGAGGUUCGGAGAAGAAGAUCCUGCGAAGAGAGUUGCGGAGCUUCUAGCGGAGGCUCAACAAGCAGACGACGCCACGAGUGGGGACGAUAAGAAAGAGCGAAAGAAGAAGAAAAAGAAGCAAGCUGCAGCUGA